AUGACGGAGUCGAGCCAACCUAAGCAGUCCAGUAAGCUGAGUCAACCUACCCGGACUAGUCAAACGAAUGAUGCUUCUCCUGAAACUCCGCUUCCUCCUGUCAUUUACCCAAAAAGAAAACGUAAGGGUUUGUUUACAAAGGACAUUGAAAACCUACUUUUUGCGAUGGGAGAUGCUCCAUAUACUCAGGAAUCUACGAUAAAUGCCAUAGAGGAUAUUCUCAUUGAUUAUGUAACUAUGCUAGCAUCCAAAAUGGUUCAUAGAGCAUCAUCUCAAGGUCGACGAAAUCGUAUCAAGUUGAAUGACUUGGCGUUUGUCUUGCGUCAUGAUCCACUCAAACUUAGUCGAAUGUUGUAUAUUCUUGAACAGAGCCAUCGAAUCGAGAAGGCCAAGAAGAUGUUCAAUGACGAUGAUGAUGCUCAAGAUGCCAGUGGUAAAAAGGUGAAGCGCAAAGGUGGAGGACUAUUCGACGAUGAAAGUGAUGGCGAUGAUGACGAGGAAGACGAUGGUGGUGAUGGUGAAAAUGGAGAAGGUGGUGUUGGUGGUGAAAGAGGUGUACAUUAUAAUGAAGAAGACGGCGAGGAUGGUGAAGGUGGUUCAAAGGAAGAGAGUUUAUUGGGUGAGCCCGUGCUUGAUGCUGAAGGGAACAUCAUAAGACGCAAACGAAAGUAUAAAAAGAGGGCAGUUGAGUAUGAUGAGAAUGGGAAUGUAAUAAAGAAAAAAUACAAAAAGAGAAAGACAGCUGCCACGGCCGAAGGAGAUAAGAAAUAG